AUGACGGAGCGGAAAACGGGUGGCUGGCUAUCUUCGGUAGUUGGUAAUAUAUCGGGCCUUUGGUCACGCUCACCGGCUGAAUCAGCUGCUAUAUCGAGGGAAACGAUUGAUACUCGGAAUUCCUCACGAAAUACCUCUUAUGAAGAGCAAGGUGAAAGUGACGUGGGAGAAGAGGAUGACGGUAUUAUUGUCGAAACUGUAUGUGCUGGGCCAUCUGUUAAUGUACCAACUACAAGUAGGAUUCAAAGUGAUGUUACAUCAAAACGGCACGCUGUUCGUUAUCUGAGUCCAUCGACACUCUUAGCGGCCACACGAUCUGUUACCAGCUCUUCUGACAAGGAAAAAUCAACAAGUGUGACCCGAAAACGUGCUGCAACAGAUUGCCUUUUACAAGAUGAUAUAAUGUGGUCGAAUGUCGGAAAUACAUUCGCCACUUCAUCGAUGAUGGAACCUUUUUCUGGUCGUUAUUCUACAAAACGGUCAAGAAUCCAGCGGGAUUUUAGCGAUGAGAGGUCAUUCUUUUCGUUAUCUUCGUUAUCUGAUGCACCAUCAACUGGACGAAAUCAAUUAAAUCAGUCCUUUGCAUCCUCUUUUAUACCACUGAAUUCACAAGUGAUAAAACCUAAAGUGUCACGUCCAUCCAACAGUGCGGCUUCAUCGUUAAGCAGUAAAACAAGAGCUAUUCUUGAACAAUUAGAAAAAAUUAGCUCACCCGUUAAGGAAGUGAAACGAUUAUCAUCUUUAAAUUUAAAUGGGCCAGAACGCUGGGCGAGUGACGCUAUAAGUAGUACUGUCCAAAAGCCGCCACGAAAUUCCACGUGCGCCUUAUCACGUGCUCAGUUAAUAUCCAACAUUCUUGCCAGUAAAUCGAGUUCACCGUUCUGGAGUCGUCCAACCAAGAUGAUAGAUUUUUCUACCACUUCAACACAUACUGUUCAGACACCAGAACAUAGUCGAACAGACGCUGAUAAUGAGCGUCAAUUUGAUAAAAUUUCAACUACAAAAUCACCUGGUUUACUCUCACCUAAGAAAGCUGAUAUUCCGACUUCUUUAACGAAACCUGACCGAGAGAAAUCUUUUGUCGGUGAUAAUGUAGAGAAGUUGGCAAUGUCACCGAAGGUUACGGCAUUGCCCGUAUCUACUGUGAUUAAAACUACAGAUACCGUAUCACCGCAACUUUCUUCAUCUACAAAAUCGACUAAUGUAUUCAGUGCUAGGGAUUUGGGUGUAGUGAGUCCAGUAAAGGAAAUGGUGAAAAAUGAUACAAAUAAAAUGGCAAGUUCAACCAAAAUUGAUGGUGUUAUGUUUGCUUUCGCUCCACCAAUGAAACGAGGACCUUCGGCAAGUUUCCAUCGUGAAGAAACUUCUUCAAAGGUCUCUCGAUGUACCGCAUCAUUUAUUGGAACGACGCUCAAGGCUGCUGCUGAGAAGACUGUAGAUGGUUUUUCAUUCCCUGCUGAAAAUGUUUCAAAACAAAUUGAAGUUUUGAAGAAUUUUGAAGACGAGCCAAAUACUGCAGAUACGAAUAAAGAAACGCAGCCGGUCACUGCAGUUUCUACAUCUGUCAAGCCUGCGAAUGCUACCACUACUACAUCAGAUGCAUUAUCUGUGAAACAGCCGUUAGAGAAAUCUGCUGAACAAUGGUCAUGUCCGAAAUGUAUGAUUUUCAAUAAAGCUAGUAUUGAAAAGUGCAUCUGCUGUGGUUAUGAAAAUCAUAUGGUAGAGGCCAAGCCAUGGACAUGUAGUGAAUGCUGGAUUUCUAAUAAAUUAUCUGAUGACAAAUGUAUCGCUUGCGGCAAUCCUAAACAGAGUAACGGUAAAAGUGUAAAACUAGCUGAUAUCAGUGCUCAGAGUAGCUCAUUUACCAACGUUUUUGGUGAUCGUACUUUCAAACCGCUACCCACUUCUGGAGGUAUUUCAUUCGGUUUUUCUGCUGCAAAAGCUAUUCCUGACGGAGCGAGUUUAUCGUCAACGACAACUGCUCCACCAACAACGAAAGCGCUAGAUUCAGGCACUAUUGUUAAUGGAAACGCUAAUACUGAAGUCCCACUGAAAUUUGGUUUAUCAUCUAACACUUUGGGACCAAAUUUUGGCUUUGGAAAAGCUCCUGAGACAAAUUCUCUGCCAACAGUAAUUGAGGAACAACCUUUGGUCUUGUCAUCUCAUCCGCCAAGUGCAUCAGUAACUUUUGGCGUUUCCUCUGGUUCUGCAACAACAGCUUCAUUUGUUCCUUCUUUAAUUCGCUCAUCAUUUUCUUUCCCGACGUUAACUAUGACAACAUCAGCAACGACAACUCUACCUCCAUCCGGAAUCACCUUCAGCACUCCAGUUUCCACAAAUGUGAAUCCGUUUACGUUUGCGUCAUCUAAUACUACAACAGCUGAGGAGAUUAAAGCACCAACUGCACCGUUGUUUACCUUUGGUUCUUCUGCUCCUGCUGUCAUAACCACUGCAUCUGCUGUAACCACUGCCACUCCGUUACCAUCAUUUGGUACAACUUUGCCUGUGUUUUCAGCCCCCAAAGCACCUCUUUUUGGAACCAGUGGUGGAUCUGCUUCAAGUCCAGGAGGAGGUCAUGACGUUGUCGAAAUGAGUUCACCCAUGACCCCACCAAUAGCUCCAUCGGUAACAAUUGGAUCGUUUGGAAUGUGUAAACCGUCAGCUCCUUCUUUAUUUAACUUCGGUGCUUCGAAUACUUCAAGCUCAACUUCUACUGGAACGCUCUUCGGGAAUUUACAAACAGCGGUACAAAAUCCACUCGCUGCUCCAACCACAUCUUUAUUUUCAUUUGGACAGCAACAAAUGCCAGUUGCUCCGAAGCCUUUUGAGCCACCAACUUCAUUGACAUCGCCUCCAUCAACUUUCAACUUCGGUGCUACAGCAUCGAAUGGUGCUGCGGGAUUUGUCUUUGGGUCGACUUCGCCGCCAACAAAUUUUACAUUUGGUGCACAGCAACCAGUGAAUAAUACAGCUUCAACGACAUUCAACUUCACUCCUGCAACACCUACUCCUUCUUUUGGAAAUGUUCCGGGAGCAGCACCAACACCAAAUUUUUUCUCUGUGGGUUCAACAUCAUCGACAAGUGCUCGGAAGAUGUUAAAAGCGCGGCGAAUGCGGAAAUAA